AUGAACCGCAGCCACCGGCACGGAGCGGGCAGCGGCUGCCUAGGGACCAUGGAGGUGAAGAGCAAGUUUGGAGCUGAAUUUCGUCGGUUUUCCCUGGAAAGAUCAAAACCUGGCAAGUUUGAGGAGUUUUAUGGAUUACUGCAGCACGUUCAUAAGAUUCCCAACGUUGAUGUUUUAGUAGGCUAUGCAGACAUCCAUGGAGAUUUGCUGCCCAUAAAUAAUGAUGAUAAUUACCACAAAGCUGUUUCAACGGCCAACCCACUGCUUAGGAUUUUUAUACAAAAAAAGGAAGAAGCGGACUACAGUGCCUUUGGUACAGACACACUAAUAAAGAAGAAGAAUGUUUUAACCAAUGUGUUGCGUCCUGACAACCAUAGAAAAAAGCCACAUAUAGUCAUUAGUAUGCCCCAGGACUUCCGACCUGUGUCUUCUAUUAUCGAUGUGGAUAUUCUUCCAGAAACGCAUCGUAGGGUCCGCCUUUACAAAUACGGCACUGAGAAACCUCUAGGAUUCUACAUCCGGGAUGGCUCCAGUGUCAGGGUGACACCGCAUGGCUUAGAGAAGGUCCCAGGGAUCUUUAUAUCCAGACUUGUCCCAGGAGGUCUGGCUCAAAGCACAGGACUAUUAGCUGUUAACGAUGAGGUUUUAGAAGUUAAUGGCAUCGAAGUUUCAGGGAAGAGUCUUGAUCAAGUCACAGACAUGAUGAUCGCAAACAGCCGCAACCUCAUCAUCACAGUGAGACCCGCGAACCAGAGGAAUAACGUCAUUAGGAACAGUCGAACUUCUGGCAGCUCCGGCCAGUCUACGGAUAACAGCCUCCUUGGCUAUCCUCAGCAGGUCGAGCCGAGCUUUGAGCCCGAGGAUGAAGACAGCGAUGACGAUGACAUCAUCAUUGAAGACAGCGGAGUGCCGCAGCAGAUCCCGAAGGCUGUUCGUAACACCGAGAGCCUGGAGUCCUUAACGCAAAUAGAACUCAGUUUUGAAUCUGGACAGAACGGUUUUAUUCCUUCUAACGAAGUCAGCUUAGCACCCGUAGCAAGUGGCACAAAUACAGAAUUUGAAACGCGUGCUCCAGAUCAAAAACUGUUAGAAGAAGAUGGAACAAUCAUAACACUAUGA